UACGGUUGUGUAGACAAGACAAAAAAGACAUCUAAUCCAUGCUGUGAUACGAAUUAGUUAAAAAUAACCCUUUGUGACUGUGAGUUUAUAGUGAAGCGCCAGAGUCGCGAUCCGUGCGAUCCUCGUACCACUUAACAAUCAGGCCAAUUUCUUCCGCUUUCCCAAUGAGGCACGAUGGAUUCGCAGGAGCAAAACCAGCUGGAAAUCCAGUCAGUGAAUCCGAUACCGAACCGACGCCCGAUAAACGAUCUACACUACAGCGCGAUCAACAGCAACUACCGGCAGCAGAGUAAGCUGAACAGUAACAACAGUGCACCAAAUGAAGAAGCGAAAGCUCUACUGCCGACGGUGGGAUCGAGCGGUCGAAAGUUCGUGAUCGUACCAUGUCAAACCGGAGGAGCUGUCACUGAUUCUGGAACUGGAGUCGGAACAGGAUCGUCUAAUGGAGGAGGGCAAACGGUUGUCCCGACCGGAGGUAAUCCGGGGACGAGUGCUAAUGUCGCAGGAGGAGGAAGUAGCAAACCAGAGCCGGGCGAUGGUUCCAUGUCCAGUGGACCAAGCUCGAUAACGGUCCCGACCGCGCCGGUUGGAUCGUACCUCAAACCCAAAUACUUCAAUAGCCUACGAUCAGUACGAUCAGCUCAUGAUCCCCAUGGACUGGGAAUGGCGCACCAGAAUCAGGCGGCGAUCGCCCGGAGUGGCUCGUACAUAUUCAGCGAUGUCGGAGGAACGCCGCGGCUAUUCUCCGACGCCACCUCCAUCCGAUCGCUGGCAUCGAUAGGCAUGGGAUCGACCGAUGGCCGGCGGAUGGUCAUCCGGAGGGUACCGAACUCCCCGAACGAGCUGCUAACAAUGAUCAACCCACCGACGCCACCAGAGGAACCGUUCGAGAAUGAAAGCUAUGGCGGCGUCUCGGAUGACUCCGAUCUUGAUAAUCUCAAACCGCGUAAGCAGCACUGGGCGAACAAGAUGCAGUUCGUGCUCGCCUGUAUCGGAUACUCGGUGGGUCUCGGCAACGUGUGGCGAUUUCCGUAUCUGUGUUAUAAGAGUGGCGGAGGAGUGUUUCUGGUGCCCUACUUCAUCAUUCUCCUGAUCUGUGGAAUCCCGAUGCUGUUCAUGGAACUGGCCGUCGGUCAGUACACGGGUCGGGGACCGAUCGGUGCUCUCGGGCAACUUUGUCCGCUGUUCAAAGGUACCGGUUUGGCGAGUGUGGUCGUUUCAUUCCUGAUGUCCACGUACUACAGUGUGAUUAUUGCGUAUGCAAUCUACUACUUCUUUACCUCGUUCCGGCCGGACCUGCCGUGGACGGACUGUUCGCACCGCUGGAACACGCCCGACUGUUGGAUCCCGGAGCGCCUGAAGCACAACUUCACGCGCCCCGACAUGUCCCGUACGCCAACGGAGGAAUUUUUCGAGAAUAAAGUGUUGCAGAUUAGCCACGGUAUCGAGUAUCCGGGCGGGAUGCGCUGGGAGUUGGUGGCGUGCCUGGUAUGCGCCUGGAUUCUGGUGUACUUCGCCAUCUGGAAGUCGAUCAAAUCCUCGGCCAAAGUGCGCUACCUAACGGCGACCCUUCCGUUUGUGCUGAUCGUGGUGUUUCUGGGCCGCUCGCUUACGCUUGAAGGCGCUGACAAGGGUCUGCAUUACUUCUUCCGUCCCAACUGGCAGGAAUUGGGUCGGGCAAACGUGUGGAUAAACGCUGCCGCACAGAACUUCAACUCGAUAGGUAUUGCGUUCGGAUCGAUGAUUUCGUUCGCGAGCUACAACAAGUACAACAACAAUAUCCUGCACGACACGCUGGCUGUGUCGUUUGUGAACGCUGUCACUAGUCUGCUGGUUGGAAUCUUUGCCUUCGCCACCAUCGGCAACAUUGCGCUGGAGCAGAACUCCACCGUGGAGGACGUGAUCAGUGGCGGUCCGGGGUUGAUCUUCGUCGUGUACCCCCAGGCGUUGGCGAAGAUGCCCGCCGCCCAGCUGUGGGCUGUACUGUUCUUCUUUAUGUUGCUCUGUUUGGGUUUGAACAGUCAGUUUGCCAUCGUUGAAGUCGUGGUCACUUCUAUUCAGGAUGCUUUCCCACGCUGGAUCAAACGGAAACUUGUCUACCACGAGCUGCUGGUGCUGAUCGUGUGCGUUGUGUCGUUUUUUGCGGGUCUCCCAAACCUGAUACAAGGUGGGAUAUACUUCUUUCAGCUGAUCGAUCACUAUGCGGCCUCAAUAUCGAUCAUGUUUCUGGCAUUCUUCGAGACGAUCGCAAUCGCCUGGUUCUACGGCAUCAAUCGACUGUCGAAGAACGUCAAACAAAUGACGGGACGGUAUCCGUCGUUAUAUCUACGGUUCUGUUUACUGGUCGCUGCACCGUUACUGUUGAUCUCCCUGUGGAUAUUCAGCUUAAUAAAUUAUGAGGCUCCAACGUACCAUAACGGAAAGUAUCACUACCCCGGAUGGGCCCAUGGACUCGGUUGGGCCAUCACGUCCGCCUCACUGGUUUGCAUUCCAUCGUACGCCGUAUACCAGAUCGUUCGUGCCGAAGGCAGCACGUUUGGCGAGAAACUUCUCAACACGUUGAAGCCGAACAUUUACGAGUGUAAAAUCUGUGGCGAGCAUCACUGUGACCACGAUUUCCCCGACGAGGAUAUGGGCCCGGAGAUGGCCAUCCUCGAGUCGACAUCCGGAGCGCCACUGAUCCUGCAGGCGCCACCACCCGGGAACAUGCAGCAGUCCCAACAUCCCACCAACAAUGUUCCACACAAUACAACCUCCAACGGCGACACACGAUAACCGUGGUGCCAUGGAAUCGGCGAAUUGGAGCAAUUUUAGAUAAAGUAAAUAUUAAUGGAAAGAAAAAGUUUAAAACCCACAACGGUAAACAAACCCACGCGCGGAUAAAAGACAACUCAGUAAUAUUAACGAAGAAUCACCAUUUAGUUACCAUUCGAUCGUGAUAGGAAGAUAGGAAACACACUGCUGACGGUGUAGUGAGGCGCGUGCCCUUGCUGGACAAUAUGUGCACACAGAAAAACCGUACGUACGCGGGUGAUGCGACCGUACGUCGAACGAGCCAUUUUAAUAGUCCCCCAGAAUCGUGUUAGUGACGACCGAAACAACCCGCUACAUUAACGCGUGUUCAUGUUCUUGGCGUGGCGUUCAAGAGCAGUUUUAGUUUGUUGCAUUAGUUUCGUUAGUCUUUUAUUUCUUCCUCUAGCAUGUAACGAUCGGGCUCCAAGAGCCCGGGAUCCGUCGGUUAUAUAGAUUUCCAAUUUUGUUCGUUUGAGACAAACCAAGUUAGUCGAAGCCGAAAGUGGAUGAAUGAAGAUGUACGAUAUUUGUAAAUCCAUGCUAGGUUCGUUGCUAAACAAUAAUAAAUACAUGAAAUAACUAUGAGUCU